GUUAGUAGUAAGUACGUGAUGUUUCCAAGCACCGGUUGUGCGUACAACGACAACAUUCAGUACGUCAAAGACCUUUAAACGGUUCACUGCUUCGUGUAGAGUACGUGUGUAAUUAACAAAAGUUUUAAUAAAUUUUAUUUACAUUUAUUGAUAAAAAAUUAGUCAAAUACAAGAGAAAUGUUAUAAAAAAAAACAUACUAGAUUAUGCGGUAGUGAAAACCAUCUAAGAAAAAUAAAGUUUAAAAGAGUAUAAUUUUGUUUUGGAAAAGUGAAUUAAAAUAAGAUUGUAAUUAUGAAUAAAAUGGAUAAUACUAGCGAUAAUAUGGAUACCAUAACGCCAACAAAACUUACCAAAUUUCCCACACCAUUUACCAUAGAAAGUUUAAUAGCCAAUCAUCAUCACCACCAACAAGCCCCCACAAACUCUUCAGAGGAUUCAAUGACUUCGGUGGAGGUAACGGAAGAAUUAAGUGCCCGCGCUAUGGUGGCUUCAUCGGCUUUAGGUUUAACCAAUUUUCCUCUCUAUAACCCCUGGCUACAUGGUUAUUUUGCCCAAAAUCAUGAUCGAAUUACACAACUUUUUGCCAAUGGCGGUGAAUACAAUAUGCCACUUAACCUGUUAACGAAGGAACCAGCCAGUGCCAAUGAGAGUUUAGGAAAUACUAAUUUACCAAAUUCGCAAACUUUAAAUCUCUCUAAAUCCUCUAGUGAUACAGAAAAUCGUUUACCGUCAUCACGUUUAUUAUUUAAUCCCAGUUUCGGUUUAAAUAUUGCCGCCGCCUCAAAUAAUAUCAACAAUACUAAUUCACCACCUAUGACCCUCAACGAAGCUCUGCUCCAUCAAUCCGCCCUCGCCGCCAACGAUUUAAAUUCACGCCAACGUCUUGCUGAAAUAAUGGCUGCCAGCGGCUUAAGUGAUAAUGUACAAAAUCUCAGCAUGGCUAAUCGUUUUGCCCAGAAUAUGGGUAAAGUUUUAACAGAUGCCGCCGCCUUAACGUCUAAUACCGUGCCACCCACUUUAUUUAACCAUCAUAUAAUGUCGAAUUCGCGACAAGAAUCUUUGUCGAAUAGUGCCAGUGUAAAGAAUCACUCGGAGGCAUCUUUGGAUGUUGGUGGCAUGGAUGAGGAUUAUGAUUGUAGCGGUGAUUCUUGCAGUGAUAUAAGUUUGACAAUGUCGCCACAGAAUUAUAGGACUGAAAUGGAUAAAAAUCGAGCCUACACACACUCAGAUAGCGAAGACUGCUCCGAUGAUGAUGGAAAUUCGGCGGGUAAUAAAGACUCCAGCAAUGGCAGUGGGCAAAAUUCAAAAUCCCGACGGAGAAGAACUGCCUUUACAUCGGAACAACUAUUAGAAUUAGAAAGAGAAUUUCAUGCGAAGAAAUAUUUAAGUCUGACCGAAAGAAGUCAAAUUGCCACUAGUCUGAAAUUAAGUGAAGUACAAGUAAAAAUUUGGUUUCAAAAUCGUCGCGCCAAAUGGAAACGCGUUAAGGCUGGUCUAUCCUCACAUGGUUUGGGUCGCAAUGGCGCAAGUGGCACAAAAAUUGUGGUACCCAUACCCGUACAUGUCAAUCGUUUUGCCGUGCGUUCACAGCACCAACAAAUGGAGAAAAUGUGCCUAAGCGGUCCUAAGCCAGAUCUACGUAAAAAGAUUACCUCCGACACAAGUGGUUUUGAGAAAUUUAGCGGCAGUUUAAGUGUCACGAACGCUCCUAAUACGGUAAAUAAUACACCUGCGGCAGCACUAAUGGCAGCGGCGGCAGCUAAUUUAACGGCUGCCACCACGGCCGUAACGGGUACACUAGCGUUGGCACGUAGUAGUAUCUAUUAAUAUUAUUUAUUUAUUAGUCUAAAAUAAUUACUAUUUAAUUUUUUUUUUCAUUUUAAUUUUCACAUAUAAAUAUCUAUGUAUGUACGUACUGUGUUAGUUUUAUAAGAAUUUCUUUUAAUUUUUAAUUUCUUUUGUUAAUUUUGUCUUGUGUUUUAGUAUUAUACAUUUAAACAUUUAAGAAAAAAAUCUACACCAAAAUUGUAAAUAUUCAUAUAAAAAAAUACAUUUACAUAAACAAUAAAUUGAAAAGUGAACAAAUAUAAAUCAAGCAAAUAUUUAA